AUCCAUUGAAGGAAUCUGUCAAGAUGGCGGAAUUCGACCUGACUUCGAAAAUCGGACAAUAUUUGGAUAGACAUCUUGUUUUUCCGUUGUUAGAGUUUUUGUCAGUACAAGAAAUCUACGAUGAGAAGGACAUGUUGCAAGGCAAGCUGGAUCUCCUCAGCAACACAAACAUGGUUGAUUUUGCCAUGGAUGUGUACAAGACACUCAAUGAAGACCAAGAGGUGCCACAAACCCUGAAGGAUAAACGUGCCGAUGUGGUGAAUCAGUUGAAGCGUCUUCAGCAGGACACAGAGCCAAUCAUCAAGAUCUUUGAGAAUACUGAAGUAUUAGAACAUAUCCAAUCAACCAGGGAUAGCAAACAGCUCUUUGACUAUCUCGUCAAAAACCACGGGUUUGAAGAAGAUUCACUGAGUCUUCUGUAUGAGUAUGCCAAAUUCCAGUAUGACUGUGGUAAUUACUCCGGAGCAUCAGAGUACCUCAACUUCCAUAGAACACUGGUCCCACCAUCUGAUCCCAAGUCUACCAGUUCACUAUGGGGUAAGCUGGCCUCUGAGAUUCUUAUGCAGAACUGGGAGGGAGCUCUGGAAGAUCUCAACAAGCUGCAAGAGGUCAUUGACCCUCAAGAUAAAAUGGACUCUCACUUCAUCACUCCACUGCAGUCAUUACAGCAGAGGACUUGGCUGAUCCAUUGGAGUCUCUUUGUAUACUUCAACCAUCCCGACGGCAGGGAUCUCAUCAUCGACAAGUUCCUCUACCAACCAGCAUACCUGAAUGCAAUCCAGACCAUGUGUCCUCACAUCCUGCGUUACCUGACUACAGCUGUCAUCACCAACAAGGGUAGGAGAAGACAGGUUCUCAAAGAUCUAGUCAGAGCUAUCCAACAGGAGUCGUACACCUACAGAGAUCCCAUCACAGAGUUUGUGGAAUGCCUCUAUGUAAACUUUGACUUUGAUGGAGCUCAACAGAAGCUUAGAGAAUGUGAAAAGGUGCUUGUCAAUGACUUCUUUCUGGUAGCCUGCCUUCAAGACUUCAUCGAGAAUGCAAGGCUCUUCAUCUUCGAGACUUUCUGUCGUAUCCACAAUUGCAUCAGUAUCAACAUGUUAGCAGAGAAGUUGAACAUGAAUCCUGAUGAGGCUGAGAGGUGGAUAGUCAAUCUAAUCAGGAAUGCCAGACUAGAUGCUAAACUUGACUCAAAACUGGGUCAUGUCGUCAUGGGAACGCAGAACGUAUCGCCAUACCAACAGGUGAUAGAGAAGACAAAGAACCUGAUCCAUAGAAACCAGCUCAUCAUAGUCAACUUAGAGAAGAAAGAAAACCAGCUUAAACAGCUAACUAAUGCACAACAGCAACCGGUGCCCCAACCCUGGGCUCCUGAAAACUACUGAGGGCGCCAUCACCCACCAACCAUCUAGAGCUAGGAUCGCGUAAUUUAUUUAUCCCUUUCUCUACUUAUUCUAAUUGUAUGUGAAGUCACGUUAUGAAUAGUCAAAUUUACUCAAACUUUGACUGCAUCUUUCCAAUGUUAGGUUAUAUCUUCCAUGUUUUCUGCAUUAAAUGUGUGUGGGGGAGAUCUGGUGGAGUAAAGCUAAUUUUCUUUUCUAUUCAUAAGGACCAUUACUCGUAGGCCUGUAUGCUCGAAAGAGGUUGUAAUUGUACCAUGAUACAUAAUAAUAAUAAUUAUUAUAAUAACCAUGGACUAUGCAUAUUUUUAAACAUAAUUACACUUAUUUCAUCAUGUACACUAUGAAAAGUACAAUUAAAUGAACGCUUUUGGCAAAGGGCGCUAAAAGGGAAGCGCGAUUAUACAAGAAAUAGGCAUAAACCAUGGCUUUGCACCAUGGUACAAUUGAAACCUCUUUCAAGAAUAUGGGCCGUCCAGGCCAAUUGUUCAUAUGAAACGCUAUUCAGAACAUCUUACUACGUAAAUAGCUGGAGUAACAUGCAAUCAUGAAAAUUACCUUGCUAUUGAUAAUAACUUCUAUUUGUGGUGUAUGACUGGGUUAGCAACAGAGCCUUGUAAGAAGCAUGUUUCAGGAUGGGGCUAUGGCUUCAUUAUACAGAAAUUAGUUGUAUGUGUGAAGGAAGACCUGCCAACCAGUACGUUUUAGCCGUAUUUAGUACGCUUUUGCAACCAAAAUACGGCAGUACGUUUUUUCUUUGAAAAAUACGUUUUUUUUUGUACUAAAUCGUAAUUUAUUGAGAAAAAUAAUCUCUAUAUGUCUCUAUUUCAUAAAACGUACACAAAUAUGGUUAUUAGAUCAAUGUAAUUUCAGGUAACUUAUUUUUUUUUCAAUCAUUUUGUUAAAACCAGGGUGAAGAUGUACACAUGUUUUAAUGUUUUUUUUUCAUCUGCAAGAGCAGUGCGCAUUUAGCUUGCAUGCAGCUUGAGUGCCGCGAUGAGCGAGUGCGCCAAGCAUUUUAUUAUGAAAUACACUUUUUUUUGGGAAAAAUACAGUUUUUUAAAUCACAGAAUACAGUUUUUCAUUCCCAGAGGUUGGCAGGUCUGCAUAUUUAUCUCACACGGUAAAUUUUUUUGGUCAAAAUACUGAUUUUGGGGGAUAAGAAUACUGAAAAUGAAAAAUACAACUUGGCAGCUCUGUGUAGGACACAUUGGUUGUCUAUCGGUUGCAUGUCUUAUCGAUUGAACCUCUGUACAUUACUUCCUCCACCAAAUGGUAUGGUGUUAUAUAUGUAUAAUCAACAUUUGGAUUAAAGGGAUGGUCCGGGCUGAAAGUAUUUAUAGCUUAACAAAUAGAGUAGAAUUCACUGAGCAAAAUGCCGAAAAUUUCAUCAAAAUCGGAUAACAAAUAACAAAGUUAUUGAAUUUUAAAGUUUAGCAAUAUUUUGUGAAAACAGUCGUCAUGAAUAUUCAUUAGGUGGGCUGAUGAUGUCACAUCUCCACUUGUUCUUUUGUAUUUUAUUAUAUGAAAUUAGGUUUAUUCAAAUUUUUUCCUCUAAGAACUAGAAAAAUUGAAUUGACAAUUGAUUUAGUGCAUUAGAUAUUUAUUGCUGCAACUUAUUUCAUUAUAAAAGAGACAUAUUAUUCACACAAGUAUGAAAUAAUGAAAAAAAUAUGAUUUUAUGUAAUAACAUAAGAAAACGGAAAGUGGAGAUGUGACAUCAUCAUCCCAUCUAAUGAAUAUCCAUGACGACUGUUUUCACAAAAUAUUGCUAAACUUUAAACUUCAAUAACUUUAUUAUUUGUUAUCCGAUUUUGAUGAAAUUUUCAGCAUUUUGCUCAGUGAAUUCAACUCUAUGUAUUAAGAUAUGAAUAUUUUCAGCCCGGACCAUCCCUUUAAUGCUAUUCUAUCACGAAUAAUCAUGUUUUUGAUACAUCAGAAAUUGAGGUAUAUGUUACUUUCCAAUAUCCAAAUCAGAAUUAUGUUUAGAAAAAGGCAGGAGGGCUUCUGCUUUAACUCUACCAGGUCUCCCCUACAUAAUGUUAAGAAUGAUCAGAUAAAGGCUAAUUUAUUGUUAUUACAAUUGUGUCCUGAAACCAUGUGUAGACUAAUAUGAAAUGUUUAAUAGAAUCUAUGCAUGGGUUACUUUGUCACAAUUAUCCAUUUGUUUUCUUGAGCUAAAUCCAUUCCACUUUGUUCAGACCCAGUGCAUUUUACCCCAUUCCCUACUGAAUUACACCCUUGGCAAACAGUUUGACCCCCCACCCACCCGAAUGAGAAUUUUGUCUUAAAUAGUGGUAAACUUUUAUGUGUUCAUUUUAGACUUCAGUAUACUUACCUUUAACUGAAAGGUACCCAUUAGGAUUUAAAGCCACUUUGAUAUUUCUAGCAAUUGAGUUUGGCUAGAACUCUCCAAGCGAAUGGAGAAAGGGCGCUGGAGGUCAUUAUCUUCCAUGUCUCAAAGUUUCAAUACAAUAUAUUUUUCUGUUUAUUUGAAUUUCCUGAAGGUAAUAAUUUUUCCAGAAAAUUUGUCCUCUGUUAUUGUCAUCAUAAAGUACAUUGUCAUAAUGUUGCUCUGUUCUUAUUAUGUUGACAAACUUGUCUACAUCAGUUUAUAAAUUCCAUUAUGUUACCAAGAUUUUACUUUUAAAAAGUAUGUAGAAUCUAUGAGAUAUUGAAUUAAAUACAUAAUACAAUCCA